AUGUUAAAGCAAGCGGCAAGAAUUAAGGUGCAUUCUCGGCUAAAUUCAUAUAAUGUCACUAUCAAUUGCCUAGUGGUUGAUAACGUAACGGAGAAGCUUCCGGCAUUUUCGCUCAAACGAAAUGAGUUCGAUUUUCCUCAUAAUGUUAAAUUGGCAGAUCCUCGCUUCAACGUGUCGUCCGAGAUUGACCUUCUCAUUGGGGCAGAAAUAUUCUGGGACCUAUUAUGCGUGGGACAAAUAAAGGCUUCAUCAAAGCACCCCACAUUACAAAAAACCCGUUUUGGAUGGAUCAUGGCGGGACGUUUAGAUAAGAUAUCCCAGUCUUCGUCAAAGGUGCUACCGUUACAUGCAUCUAUUUCUAAUAAGCAACUACAUGCGGAACUAGGCAAGUUCUGGCAGCUAACUGACUCAACAGAUAAAAAGAGUGAAUUCACAAUUGAAGAAAGCAUUUGCGAGCAACAUUUUCAAAACAAUGUUGGUCAAAAUGAACAAGGUAGGUUCGUAGUUAAAUUGCCGGUCAGGGAUCAUUCACUUACUAAACUCGGAGAAUCUCGCGAGAUCGCUUUGAAUCGAUUGAGGGGAUUAGAGAAGCGUUUUGAUCGUCAACCGGAAUUUAAGGCUUUAUAUUCCGAAUUCAUAAAUGAAUAUGUGAAGCUGGGGCACAUGCGUCCAGUAAAAAGCAUACAAAGCAGCGAAGAAUCGCUAUCCGUUUUCUUGCCGCAUCACGGCAUAUUCAAAACCACGGGUCAAAUUUCAAAAAUACGAGUAGUAUUCGAUGCUUCGUGCAAGGACAGCAGUGGGUUGUCUCUCAACGACGUGUUAAUGGUAGGUCCAGUCGUGCAACAAGAUCUUGUAUCUAUCUUAAUGCGGUUUCGAAUGUUUCGAUAUGCCAUCGUAGCCGAUAUUAUAAAAAUGUAUAGACAAAUAUUAGUGCAUCCCUCCCAAACUUGUUUGCAAAGAAUUCUGUGGCGAGAGAAUCCUACAGAUCAAGUUAGCACAUACGAGCUGCUUACCCUUACGUAUGGCACAUCCUCAGCGCCAUAUUUAGCAACAAGGUGUCUCAUCUACCUUGCUAAUUUAUUUUCUUCAAAAUAUCUAACAGGAUCGAAACACCUCAUCUGUGACUUUUACAUGGAUGACAUGCUUGCGGGAGCAGAUACUAUCAAGGAGGCAGAAGUCAUCCGCGACGAGAUGAUUGAGCUAUUACGAGAAGGAGGUUUCGAAUUAGACAAAUGGGCAUCCAAUUGUCCCGGUUUGAUGAAAGGCCUAGACAAUCAAAACAAUAAAAUAAUCAACAUUAACGAUGAUAUCGAAGCUCGCAUUCUUGGCAUUCGGUGGAAUCGGGUUAAAGACACCUUCCACUUUCAUUGUGAGCCCGUGCCGGCUUCUAAGUUCACCAAGCGUAUUAUUGUAUCCGAAGUUACGAGAGUAUUUGAUCCAUUAGGGUUGUUGGGCCCAGUCGUAGUGCUAGCCAAACUCAUUAUCCAAGAAUUGUGGCAGAUAGGCAUUGAAUGGGACGAAGCUGUCCCUCCAGACAUUCACAUGCGUUGGAUUACGCUCAGGUCACAAUUAGAAGUUCUCAAUCAGUUACAGAUUCCUCGCGUGGUCAAGUUUGACUCCAAUUCGCAGUUGGUACAAAUACAUGGCUUUAGUGAUGCGAGUCAACGCGCAUAUGGCGCUUGCGUGUAUCUUCGUACAAAGGUAGGGCCUCAUAACUAUCGAAUUGAGCUGCUGUGUUCCAGGUCACGAGUUGCGCCGCUUAAGGCGGUAUCUCUGCCGCGGCUUGAACUGUGCGCAGCGCUGCUGUUAGCUAGACUUAUUUCAAAGGUUUGUGAACCAGUGCAAUUGGAGCAUGCAAAGAAGUUUUUUUGGUCAGAUUCCAUGAUUACACUUAAUUGGAUAGGCGCACCAUCGCGGAAGUGGACGCCUUUCGUAGCAAAUAGAGUUGGCGAAAUACAGCGACUCACGGAAUUCAAAGAUUGGCAACAUGUCAGGUCUUCAAACAAUCCCGCCGAUGUUCUGUUGCGCGGCUUAAAUCCCAAGGAACUAAUCGAUAAUGAUUUGUGGUGGCACGGACCGCCUUUCUUACAAGAUGAUGAUGACCUAUGGCCCAGGGGAGAUAUUAUUCAAUCGCACGAGGAUUUGCCAGAAUCAAGGAUGGUGUCUUCGAUUGCGACUUUAACAGAAGGUUGCGUCAUCAACCAGUUGUUAGCUAGAUUUUCGCGUCUUAGUAAGAUCAUACGAAUCGUGGCGUAUUGUUUGCGUUUUUCGAAGAAAAAUCGUCCAAGCAAUCCAUCGAUUCUUAUAUCUCCCACAGAAGCAUCACAUGCUUUAAAUAUCGUAUGUAAGGCUGUACAGAAACAGUCAUUCUCAAAGGAUUACGAAGUGUUGCAGAGAAAGGACUCAAUCGCCGUCACCAGUAACAUACGAUCGCUAACUCCAUUCAUUGACGAAUCAGGACUCCUGCGGGUUGGCGGUAGAUUAGGCAAUUCGAAUUUAGAAAGCAACGCGCGUCAUCCUAUAUUGAUUCCGCGUAAUCACAUUCUCACUCAACUCAUUAUAGAGCAAGAACAUAAAAGAAAUUUACAUGCAGGAUUGCAAGCCACUAUGGCAAAUGUUAGGCAACAGUUUUGGUCAUUAUCUUUGCGUUCCGCAACACGCAGGGUGAUCCAAAACUGUAUUACGUGCUUCAAGGUUAAACCACGUUUUUCCGAAGCUAUUAUGGGCUCCUUGCCCGCGGGCCGCGUUACAAUGUCUAGACCGUUUACGCACUGCGGAGUUGACUACGCCGGUCCGGUUUCGAUCAAAGAAGGCAAAAGAAGAAACGGGAAACAUUCAAAGGCCUACGUGUCCAUCUUUGUUUGUUUUGCAACAAGAGCCGUGCACAUAGAGCUUGUCAGCGACUUAACAACCGAUGCUUUCAUCGCGGCGUUUAAAAGAUUCAUAUCGCGUAGAGGAAAACCCUCUAAAAUGUACUCAGAUAAUGGAACCUCUUUCGUAGGCGCUCGUAAUCAAAUCAAAGAAUUCUUCAUUCCUCGAAACGCGCCACACGUUAGCGGUUUAUGGGAAGCCGCCGUCAAGUCGGCAAAACACCACUUGACUCGCAUUGCGGGACAGGCGCAUUUGACGUUCGAAAAGCUGCAAACGGCACUCUGCGAAAUCGAAGCAGUACUCAAUUCACGGCCAAUUACACCAUUAAGUACCGAUCCUAAUGAUCUAGAAUAUCUUACUCCCGGUCAUUUUUUAAUUGGCGAACCACUGAACAGUUUUCCGUGCAGAGAUGUGAGCGAUGUAAAUGAGAAUCGUCUGAUUCGUUGGCAUCGGGUUGAGCAAAUUAGACAACAUUUCUGGCGCAGAUGGAGCACAGAGUACCUUCAUUCCCUGCAGGAACGCACGAAAUGGAGAGCGAAUAAAGGCCUUCAGCUACAACCUAAUCAACUUGUUUUGAUAAAACAGCAAAAUUUAGCCCCUUUACAAUGGAUGUUAGGGCGCAUCCAACAAAUUCAUCCGGGCGCGGAUAAUGUCGCGCGAACUGCUACAGUGAAAACUGUCAAUGGCUCUUUAGUGAGACCACUGUCUAAACUUGCCAUACUACCAUUGGAGUUGCAGAACUCACAUCUCAGCUGUGACGCGAGCAAUAGCUCGUAA